UUCUUCUGUUCUCCUGUUUCCAGGUAGAUUUCUGCUCUCCAUCCCCUCACACACUCCUCACACAUUCCUCACACACACACACACACUCCACCACUGUGUGUCAGGAUGAAGCUCCUCGCUCUGGUGCUCCUGCUCUCUGCUUUCUCCUCACUGACCCUGACGGAGGUUGUCAAUUCUUUUAAACAAUCCUGUCCUUCAUUCUUCAUCCGAAACCCAGGAAAAAAAAGUGACAUCAUCGUCCCCACUAUCUUUAAAGGACGUCAGUAUAAGAAGAUUUGUCAGCGCUGGAAAAACGAAUACAGAUUUGCCACCAUGUAUGACACUCAGAGGAGGAUCCCUGUUUACUCAGCCUACACGUUCUUACAGGAAGGGAAUACUAAACGCAUUGAUGAAUGGAAAAUUGAACCUCAGCUUGAAAAUAUCAAAGAAUAUGAAGAAAAGAAAGAGAUGAUGGAUUCCCCGAGAGAUGAAGAAACUGUGAGAAAUAUAAUUAAUCAGGCUGUGGACAUAGAUUAUACAGGCAGUGGGUAUGAUAGAGGUCACGUGUUUCCACGUAACUAUUCUGCUAAUCAGGAUCAAGCAGAUUCCACCUUCACUUUAACCAACAUAGCACCACAAACAAGCACUAGCAACGGGGAGUGGGAAAGGAAAGUGGAGACACCGAUGCUUACAGAAAUACAAAGAAAUUGUAGGCUAGACCAAAAUCACCAGGCGUACAUUGUGACCGGGGUCGUUCCAGGGAAGAAAUGGUUACCCCUAAAAGGUAAAGGAAGAGAGAAGAAAGAAGGAAUUAAUAUUCCCAGUCAUUUUUGGAGCGCUUUCUGUUGCACUAAUAAAACUGAUCUUGGGAAACUCACAUUGAGGACCUACAUCGCUGAGCAAGAGAACUUUAAUGUCCGAAAUCCCAACAUUGACAACCUGAAUAAACGACUCACUGAGCUGUAUGGUCAGAGGGUCGCGAUGGAUCUGGAAACUUUCCUGAAGAAAGAGCGUUUUGCAGAGCAAGAUGAAGAAAGCACAACAUUGUUUUUCUUUGAAAGAACCCUCAACCUCCGUCAGAAUCUGUCAGGAGCACCAGAGCGAGCAGCUUCAUCCUGA